CGAAAUGCGAAAAAAAAUCAGUGCACUGCAUUGGGUUGAUAAUUUAAAGAUAAUCAUUUCAAGAUUGAAAAUCGAUCCCGAAAAAAAAAAUGUCAACCCGAAUGAUAAUCGGAUUAUUGGGAAUGUAUGCAUGUGCUUUAUUGUUUAUGUAUCGUGCUGGUGUUAGUGUUGCAUUGGUUUAUAUGACACAACAAUCAAAAUUAUCAACAUUGAAUCGAACAACGACCGAAAUAAUAGAUCAAUAUUUUGAUUGGAAUCAGAAUAAGCAAGGUACAAUACUUGGUUCAUCAUUCUAUCUAUAUUGGUGUUUACCAACAAUAAUAGGCAGUUUUACUGAUCGUUAUGGUGGACAAUGGUUUGCAUUUAUCGGUAUAAUUGGUCCUUGUAUUCUAUCGGCUAUAACACCAUUGGCCGUUGAUUAUUAUCAAGAUUUUGCAUUGAUUAUUAUACAGAUUAUGAUUGGUGGAUUUCAUGCAUUUACAUAUCCGGCAUGGUUUUCAUUAUUUAGUAAAUGGUUUUAUGGUAAUGAACGUACACAAGCAAAUUCAUGGAUGCAAAUUGGUAAUGCAAUUGGUUGUUCGGCGAUGUAUCUAUUGGCUGGUCAUCUUUGUACAUUAUCCAAAAUAGGUUGGCAUUUAAUAUUCUAUGUAAUGGCAAUAUUACAUUUGCCUUGGAUUGUUUUAUGGCUUUGGUAUGGAUCAGAUGAUCCAUUGGAAAAUAAACGAAUUUCGGAUAUGGAAUUACAAUUCAUACAACAAAAAGUUUCGAUGCCGUUUACAAUUUCCAAAUCAAAGAAAAAUACAAUACGACGAACACCAUGGUUAAAAAUUCUUAUAUCACCGGUUAUAUGGUCAUCGGUCAUUUGUAAAAUGUGCUGUGCAUUUGGUUUUUUUCUUAUACUAAACAAAAUGCCUUCAUAUUUUGCCAUUGUAUUCGAAUUGACAAUCGAAGAAAAUGGUCUGAUUAGUGCAUUGGUUGUAUUUGCAUUCGGUAUUGGAUCAUUUAUUAGUCCAAUUUUAUGUAAUUUUUUCAUUAAACAUUUUCAAAUAUCACCAUUAUUAAUACGUAAAAUAUCACAAAAUAUUGCAAUGGUUGGACCGGCUAUUUGUUUGUUAGGAAUAACUCAUUAUCAUCAACAACAACAAAAAUGUAGCCAAAACAUUGUUUUUGCUUUGAUGAUUAUAGCAAUGUUUUUACAUGGAUUUUUUACCAGUGGUGAAUGGACAAUUGUUUCCGAAUAUUCAAGAAAUUAUACCGGUUCUAUUGUUGGUUUUGCACAUUCAUUAGCAUUUUUAAUGGGUAUUAUUGGUCCAUGGUUAGUUGGUCUUGUAUUCGAAACAUCAUCCACAUCCACAUCAUCAUCGUUCGGUGAAACAGCUAUCGAAAAAUGGAAUUUUAUAUUCUACAUAACAACAGCAAUAUAUUUGUUUGGUAAUAUGAUUUUCACAAUAUUCGGUACUGAUCAACAACAAGAAUGGGAUAAAAUUUGAUUUGAUUUGAAAAAAAAACAAAUUCAAUUCAAUUUAUAUAUCAAUGAAACAGAUAAA